AUGCCGCCGCCGGCAUCGCCGGCUCAUCGAGCCCGAGCUCGUCUCAGCCCUCCCUCCUCGAGGACGACAUCACCCCCUUCCCCUCCCCCAUGCUCUCGCCGCAGGAGCUCGAGGACCUCUCCCGUGAGCUUUAUCCUUCGUAGCCAGCUGACCUCAGUGACGUCCGACUCGGAGCUGGACGACAUUGACGAGUCCCGCGUCCCGACCGAGGCGGAGAAGGCGGAGGCGCUCCAGCUCAAGGCCAAGGCCAACGCCGCCUUUGGCAAGAAGGACUUCAGCACCUCGAUCGAGCUCUACACCCAGGCGCUGCGACUGGACCCAACCGAGCCGACGUUCUGGAACAAUCGCGCCAUGUCCAAGGCCAAGAUGGAGGAGCACGGCGCCGCGAUCGCCGACGCCAGCAAGGCCAUUGAGCUCAAGCCCGACUACGCCAAGGCGUACUACCGCCGCGGCGUGAGCGCGCUCGCGAUCCUUAGGCCGAAACAGGCCGUGCCCGACUUCAAGAAGGCGCUCGAGAUCGAGCCCGGAAACCGCACCGUGCGCGAGCAGCUCGUCGCCACCACGAAGCUCAUCCGCCGCAUUGAGUUUGAGAAGGUGAGUAAGCGCGUUGCUGCUGCAGUGGAAGGGCAGAACGCAGCUGGAAACUGCCAGCUACGGGUCUAUGUCGGGGGAGACAAAGAUGGGGAGAAUGCGGGGCGCAAGGGUCCUUGUCAGUUUGAGCCUCCAUCCACAAUGGCCACAGCAGUCAUGGCCUCUCCGCCCGCGACGCCGUUCGCAGUCGUGUUCGACUGGGGCGAGGAGUUCGGCCCGUAUCAGUCUGCUGACUCUCAGGCCAUCGCGGUGGGAGAGACGGAGCGCGCGAGCGCGCGCUGCCUGCGCUCAAUCGCGGACGGCGCCUGCGCGCUCGACAACCCGCACAACGUCACGCUGCCCAUUGUGCCCGACGACCCGAAGGCGCGAUACACGCCGACAAAGGAGUUUGUCGAGGCCAUGGUGGAGACGUUCAAGAACGGCGGCAAGAUGCCGAAACGUGUCGUGUGGGAGAUCAUCCUCGGCGUGAAGAGCGUGGUGGACGCCGAGGCGUCCCUCGUCGAGAUCGAGGUGCCGAAGGGCGUCACGUGUGACAUUGUCGGUGACAGUGAGUACUCCGAGGGCCCGGAGGAGGUGCACGGUGCUCAGGAGCUUCGGCGCCGGGAAACCCUCGCUCUCUCUAUCAGCUAUCACACACACAUCAUCAAGCCGCCAAGCGACGACCACAUGGUCAUUUUCAACGGCGACUUUGUCGACCGCGGCUCGUGGUCGGUCGAGGUUGUUUUGACGCUCUUCGCGUACAAGUGGCUGUACCCCGAGCGCGUGUUCCUGAACCGCGGCAACCACGAGACGGCAGACAUGAACAAGGUCUACGGCUUCGAGGGCGAGUGCAAGGCCAAGCACGGCGAGAUGACGUACCAGCUGUUUGCGGAUGUGUUUACGGCGCUGCCCCUCGCGACGCUCGUGACGGCGUCGCAGCCCCCGAAGUCGCUCAAGAGCGAGGGCUCGCAGCCCGCGAUCCUGCACGACGGACACAAGCGAUACUUUGUCGUGCACGGCGGCCCGCCCGUGAGCAAGGACGGCGUCAAGCUCGAGGAGGUGAAGACGAUUGAUCGGUAUGGACGGCGGCCGGGGCAGGAGGGGCUGAUGUGUGAGGUGAGUGGGGCUCGCGAGCGCAGCGAGCGAGACGAGAUGAGUGGGAGAGACGAGACGAGUCGGGAAAAGCUGAAGAGUUAUGAGCAUGAGCUAACAACGCAGCUCCUCUGGACGGACCCGCAGGAGAUGCCCGGCCGCGGCCCCUCGAAGCGCGGUGUCGGGCUCGGCUUCGGCCCCGACGUGACGCGGCGGUGGUGCGAGCUGAACGAGGUCACGGCCGUUAUCCGCUCCCACGAGGUCAGGCAGGACGGAUACGCGAUCGAGCACGACGGACUGUGUAUCACCACCUUCUCGUGCCCCAACUACUGCGACUCAACGGGUAACCAGGCCGCCUAUGUCAAGAUGCAGGACGAUGGCACGCUCAGCUACCACCAGUUCAGCGCUGUGCCGCACCCCGACAUGAAGCCUAUGGCCUACAGCCAAGGAUUCGGAUUCAUGGCCAAGCCGGGAACGUACCCGUACCCCAAGCUGUGCGCAAUCUCGAACAACUCAGCCACCUUGAGCAGGAACAAGGCGCACAGCGUCCCUAAUAGCAUGUUCGGCAACUCGGCCAGGACGAAUGCGAAUGCGCCCCGCCAUGAGCCAGCGAAAGGCGCGCGGGCCAGGAGGCGGAUGACAUUCGCCGCCCAGAGAAAGUUGGAGAGGGAGAAGACAGAAUGGCAAGUCGUGCCACAGCUUGGAAAGAGGGAAGGAAGGAGGAGGCGGAAAAGAAUGCCCAGAGUGAGGAAGGCGAGGGAGGUCGAGAGAGCUGAGGGGAGCUUGGUGUCUGGGGGUCAGCUCGGCUACUUGACAGCUGUGAUCGAUGUGAAGGAAAUUGAGGGGAGACUUACAGAGCUGUCGUAG